AUGCCCUGGCUGACCGCAGUUGUGGCAUCGCCUCUCGUCGCCCAUCCGUGCAUCGCCAACCUUCUCGCCACUCACCCCCUCCCCACUUGUCCCCUCUCGUCCCCUUCCCCCCACUUCCCCCUCGCUUCCCCUCCCAACCCUUCCACCCACUUUUGCACGGGGUCUUCAUUUCUCCCACCCAUUCACCUACCCUCUCCCCCUGCUAUUUCAUGCCCCAAUCUAUAUCCUUGCAUAUCCCGUCUCCACUUCCUCCCACUGCCAGACACCAGCAUUCCGUGCAUGAUAAACCGUAAACCCUUCAUUCCAUCUAUUUUUUUAGACUCCUCACGUUUCAAUUCCACUUCCAGUUGGAGUGUCUUCAACCGUUCUUAUCCCUUGAGCGCUGCUAUUCCUCGCAUCGUGCACCAGGCGGUGAUAGCGGAGAUCAACGCGGCCAUCGGAGCCAAGGGCGUGCUGAGCGAGGCGUGCAAGCAGCUGGUGCAUGACUAUGCUGUCAUCAUCAUUGACCUGCUGGAGCAGAAGGUGCGUGUGAGAAGGUGUAAGUUACGAGGGCAAGCAUCGGCCUCAAAGGCGUGCAAGCAGCUGGUGCACGACUAUGCCGUCAUCAUCAUUAACCUGCUGGAGAAGAAGAUGGAUCCAAAUCUUGUGUGCCAUGCCAUCGGCCUGUGUGACGACAUGGCUGCAACCACCGCUCACACCACCCCCACGCCCAGCAUGAGCCGCCGCCUGCUCGGGUGGCAGGAGGACCCAGUCAUCCAGAUGCCGGACCACGCUGACGUGGCAGAUGCCGCCGGUGACAAGGCGAGCAGCAGCAGCAACGGUGGGCGAGUGGGCGAUCCCAAGUGCUCGCUGUGCGAGGCCACGGUGAUAUGGGUGCAAAACCAGCUUGCGCGGAAUAAGACCCAUGCACAGAUUAUCAACCACCUCAACAAGGUGUGUUUCUUAGUCGACACGAUACCCUUCUCACAAUGA